AUGGCCUAUGAAUUAGAUUUGCCCGCGAGUUUGGCUUCCAUUCAUCCCGUAUUUCAUGUGUCCAUGUUGAAGAAGUGUAUUGGAGAUCAUUCCUUAGUGUUGCAUGUAGAAGAAAUCAAUGUGAAAAACUUCUUGUCAUAUGAGGAGAAACCCGUUGUAAUCUUGGAUCGCCAAGUUAGAAAUUUGACGAUUAAGGAAAUAUCUUCGGUCAAGGUGAUGUGGAGAAAUAAAAAAGCUGAGGAGGCUACUUGGGAGUCAGAAGAAUAUAUGCGUGUGAGGUACCCGACUCUUUUUGAGACCAUGUAUGAUGAUUUAGAAGUUAGAGCAGUAAAUAAGUUAACUCUUUGCAGCAUUGAAUCAGAGGAAGAACGGAACUUUGCCAAGUGA